AUACUAAGUGCGACUGAUAGUUAUAACAGACUGCAAAGGAGAAAAAUGGAGCCUGCUGUGCAACUGUUUGUAUAUGCGCUGAUUGCUUUUGACAGUGCAUUCCCAGGAUCUUCUGCCCAACAAACAUCAUCUAACACAGCAGGAGUUCCUUCUCAAAAAUGGUACACCGAAACAACAUACCCAGAAACAGCCACAACACCCUAUAGAACCACAGCCUGGCCCUAUAGAACCACAGCCUGGCCCUACAGAACCACAGCCUGGCCCUACAGAACCACAGCCUGGCCCUACAGAACCACAGCCUGGCCCUACAGAACCACAACCUGGCCCAUCACCACUUUUGUACCUUGUGGGGGUCAACUGACUGGUGAAAGAGGAGCAUUUACAAGCCCCAACUACCCGUACUCCUACCCACACAAUGCACGCUGCGUCUGGUACAUAACAGUUGAUCGACACAGUCAAAUAUACCUGACUUUGACAAAUGUUCAAUUGGAAUGUGGAUAUGACUAUGUUAGAGUGUACAAUGGCCCUUCAACCAGUUCUCCACAAAUCGGACAAGUGUGUCAGUCACAGGGUGUGACUUUUAGUUCAUCUUCAAAUACCAUGACUGUGGUCUUCACUUCCGACGGUUCCAUCACAGGCUCAGGAUUUACUGCAUCUUACUACUAUUAUGACACUGCAUCGUGUGCAGGCCUCUGCGGUGGCUCUAAUGCAUUGUGCUCCUGUGAUUCCAGCUGUGUGUAUUCUAAUAGCUGCUGCCGGGACUUCUGUGAUGUCUGCCCUUAUGAGAAUUACAAUUACUGCUUUCACACCUCCACUCCUUCCUAUCCAAACCCCACAACACCAGCAACAGGAUCAUGCUAUGGCAGUUGCUAUGGUUAUGCUGGAAACUGCUCAUGCAGCUCCAAUUGUGCUUAUUAUGGUAACUGCUGUGAUGACUUCUGUAACUACUGCCCCUAUUUGAAUUACGGUUACUGUCAACCUUCAACCACCCCAACCCCAAGCACACCAGGUUCCUGUGGAGGUUACCUGGGAGGACCCUAUGGAUCAUUCUCAAGCCCUAACUACCCCUAUAAUUACCCAAAUGGAGCCUACUGCACAUGGCACAUACAGGUUGAAAGAAAUGAUAAAAUAUACUUGACAUUCCUUAAAAUACAAAUGGAAGCUUGCAGUAAUUGUAACUGUGAUUCAAUUUCAAUAUAUGAUGGACCUUCAACCAAUUACCGUCGCAUUGGAUUUAUUUGUCGUAAUAAUACAACUGUAUUUGAAUCAUCUUCAAACACUAUGACAGUGGUGUUCAGAACAGACGGGUCUGUCACAGCUACUGGGUUUUAUGCUCACUACAAUACUGUACAUCAAAACCGAGCAAACAUCCAGUGCAGUUCGGACUACAUGGAAGUGACUUUGCAGAGGUCUUACAUCGAGUCCCUGGGCUAUAAUGCCAGUGAAUUAUACCUGAAUGAUCCAAACUGCAGACCGCAAACCACGGGCUCUCAGGUUCUGUUCAGAAUACCACUGAAUCGCUGUGGAACGUUCCGAGAGGUAAAUAACGGAAGCAUUGCCUAUUACAAUAACAUCAGAGGUUAUAGUUCUGGAGGGGUGAUCACCCGCCAAACCAACCUGCAGCUUCGCGUGGGCUGCAAAAUGGAACAGAACACAAAUGUGGAGAUCAUGUACGUGGCGAAGGAAGAGGUGACUGCUAAUGAAACCAGCUGGGGCCAAUACAGAGUCAACAUGGCAUUCUACACAUCAAAUUCGUUCUGGACACCUGUUCGUGAAUGGCCAUAUUAUGUGGAUUUGAACCAAGAACUUUUCGUGCAAGUGCAGCUCAACAGCUCGGAUUCAGACCUGGUUGUGUUUGUGGACACCUGCGUGGCCUCCCCUUCUUCACAUGACUUUGUGUCAAAGACCUACUACUUAAUCAGAAACGGGUGUGUGAGAGAUGGCACAUACUCUUCCUAUUACUCUAAUGCUAUAGGCACUGCCCGCUUCAAAUUCAGUGCCUUCAAGUUUCUGCAGAGCCACCCUUCAGUGUACCUGCAGUGUAAAAUUGCAGUGUGCCAGGCCUACGAUUAUUCCGCUCGCUGCUACAGAGGCUGCUUGCCCAGAAGCAAGAGGGACCUGAGCUCGUCCGGAAGGAAGACUGAAGUUGUGUUGGGACCCAUCCAGCUGAGGCAGGAGGGGGCUCCUGGAGACCAGAUGAAAGCCGGUGAAAAGGCUCCUGUGAAAAUUCCCACAUAAAGGUCCAAGCAGUUAUUUCUCUGAAUCUACAGCAACAGCUUUUAAAGUUACCUGCACUGUAUUAUCAAACCUAUUAAUUCCUUAACUUUCUCUGUAACCAUCAAGAUUUAUGGUUUCUUAGGUAAUAAUAAUAAUGUCAACAAAAGGAACAAACAUUUCAGUCCAGCAGACAAGCAUUGGAUGACAAUGCCAUCUGUCAUUUUCAAUUAUAAAUGGCACUGCAGGCACCAACAUUAUCCUUUGCAUUAUCCUUUUAAGAUCAAACAAUUUCACUGGAGAAACUACUCAUUAAACAGUGUUUAGACCUAAUCAAAAUGUACUCUGAUGCUGAAAUCCUGUUUCUCUCUUGUAAUAAUGAUCUUUUAGACAAUAUUAUAGUUUCUUAAAGCUGUAACAGUAGAAAUGCAAUAAAAUGGCUUUUAAAAGAA